GUAGUCACGUGGAGACGGUCGGUUCUGUCCAAACAGAACGUGAAGCUGUCUGUCUGUCGGAGCGCCGCUCGGUGCUAAACUGAUUCAUGUGGUUUUUUUAGCCUGCCGUCCCUUUAAACUAGACUAUUUUAUCGAAGAAUGAGUGAUAACGAUGAUAUCGAAGUCGAUAGUGACGCAGACAAACGGGCACACCACAAUGCGCUGGAGCGCAAACGUAGGGACCACAUCAAAGACAGCUUUCACAGCCUCCGGGACUCGGUACCGGCCCUGCAGGGAGAAAAGCAGUCUACCAAACAGGCGUCGCGGGCUCAAAUCUUAGACAAAGCCACAGAGUACAUCCAGUACAUGAGGCGAAAAAACCACACACACCAGCAGGACAUCGACGACCUGAAGAGACAGAACGCUCUGCUGGAGCAGCAAGUGGGUGCAGUCCGUGCUCUGGAGAAGGUGAAGGGCUCCACUCAGCUCCAGGCCAACUACUCGUCGUCCGACAGCAGCCUUUACACCAAUCCCAAAGGCAGCGCGGUGUCAGCGUUCGACGGAGGCUCAGACUCCAGCUCUGAGUCGGAGGUCGAGGAGCCGCCCAACAGGAAGAAGCUCCGCGUGGAGGCCAGCUAGACAGCCGAGUGGUUCUAACCCCCGGCCAAGAUCAAGGAGGCGAGGCACGAGGGAGUGCGAGAGGAAAUAAAGGCCUUCAAAGCUCUCGAGGCUAAUCAAACCCCUCCCCUUCUUCACGCCAAAAACCACCACCCUCCUCCUGGUUUUCUCUCCUCCAUCUCUGGGUGGGCUCGCACUGGAGACUCUUGACCCCUCCCCUCCCCCCCCCCCCCCCAAAAAAAAACCUCCUUUCACCGCCGCCACAAUCUUUUCUCUUCCCGUCCGAUCUCCAAAAACAUGCGGGAGGACGUCAGCAGAGUGGAAGAUGACUGCUUCAAUUCAUAUAGAGAGCUUCAGGUUUUUUCCCCCCUCCCAUCCCACCCCCUUUUCUCUCUUUUCUUUGGUUCUCCGCCAUCAGUACCCCCGCCACCCUGCAACAUCUACAAUCCAAAACCAGAAAAAGAGGCAGCUUGGCUACUUAAGGACUUGAUGCUUUUUUUUGUACCCUCAUUAAGCCCCUCCUCCUCCUCCUGCCUGGGUUGUUUGUUGUUUUUUUUUUUCGGGGGAGGAAGGGCGUGGCAGGCGUACUCCUCCAAGCACUGCUUAUAUUAUAUAUUUUCUGUUUAUUUUUGUUAUUCUUGAUUUAAAAAAAACAAAAAAAAACCUGUUUAGAAUUUACACACACACACCUAGAUAAAUGGUCCUGGAGAAGUUUACCUUUUUAAAACUGAAAAGAAUAAAAAUUUGUAGCUUACUUUUUUUCCACUAAAGAAUGUGAAGACGCUUUGAAACAAAUGUUAAAGUGAUACCCACCUCAGGCCCACUGGAUCGCAGACGUUUUCUCUGCCUGACACGUUUGUUAAACACAAGAUGAAUUAAAAAAAACAAAAACAUGACUCCUUUGUUAAAAUUGAUGUUUUGAAGGAGAAUAUUCCUUAAACUUGUAUCGUAUUUCGUCCUUUAGCUUGAAGUAGUGAAUGACUUUAGGUGGCUGAAUACGUUAGGCAUCUCAUUUUAUAUAUUAUAUUGAAAAGAAAAAAAAGACGCUUUGAUUGGAUGUUUUCAAGUUCUAAAAGUAUGUUAUGCAUUUUGUAGUAAUCUCACAAGUCAUGGGAAAAUGCCAAUUUGUCACAUGUAGAUUUCCUUAAGGGUUUGAAAUAGAUAUUGAAUGUCAAAGGUAGCUCCCGUCUUCUGCAGUACAAGGAAGCGAAAACGAGUCCCUGUCGAUGUGUUGUGCUUUACACGGUAAAAAAAUCAAUGUUGCUGAAUCCCCCCCCCCCCCCCCCCAAGGAAAAAAAGGAAGCAUUUUGCGUCUAGGAAACGUGUGUGUAUGUAUAUUGUUUCCAUUUUAUUUCCAUUUAGGAGGAUAUGAUUAGUGUAAUAGGUCUUUGUUUGUCCGACUCCAUUCCAUGGAAAUUACAAGUAUGUUGUACAUACUGCCAACAAUUGUCUUGCAAGUUGAGGCCUACCUUUACUAUGAGACUAUAAAAUAAACUAUUUUAUCCUUUAA